UAAUGAAGAAGCAUAGGGCCACACCUAUGAGUUACUGCCGCCCUUCAGAGCUCUAGGAGAAGAAAUGAUAUACAUACCUAAUAAGGCUUAGACUGGCGCAUUGACCAGGGCUAUAUAUCAGCCUCAUUCCAUCCCGUGCUGCUUACACUCUACCAUUCCUCCACAAUGUCUCUACUCGUACGCCGGGUGAACUCUGGAGCGCAUAGCGUACUCCGCCAUGGGUUAGAUCGAAGUUUCAAUCUAUCCAUCCGCCAACAUGCUACAUUAACUAUUCGAGUUGCGACCCAUCAGUCUCGUGCUUUAACCCUCAACAAUGCAGGGCUGGUCUUUGGUCUGAGCGCCGCAUUUGCAUGUGGUGCUGUGAUCGAGGGAAUCUACGGUCCCUCCAAGCCUACCGCCAUUUCGCCUAGAUCAGCAUCUUCACCGAUCAGCCCUGACGAAACUCCAAGAGACCCUAUAGCUCUGGUCAAGGAACCUGUGUCUCUCAAUGUGCAAACUGCAACUGCAAAGCUCACCGAGAAUGAGCUUAGCGUUGCUGCAACUGGGAAAAGCCCAGAAUCCCAUUCCGUGCAGUUUGCUAGCAAUAGCCCGGUCGAAGACCAAUACGUGCAAGUCGUCGCACCUGGAGUGGGCAAAACUCCAUGGUGUUAUUGGGGAGUUCUUGAUGGACAUGCGGGAGCUGCAACAGGCAUCCUGCUAAAGAGCACCCUCGUCCCAUACGUAUCCAAAUCUCUAUCUCAAUUAUCUACUCAAAGCGCUAGCCCGUUGAUCACCUCCGCCAUCCAAAACGCAUUCACAAGCCUCGAUGCCGACAUCCUGAACACCGCCCAAAAGGCCGUCAAUUCCGCCUCCUCAGUCUCAGCCGCAGCUCUCGCAGCUCUCGCACCCGCCAUCGCGGGAUCUUGUGCACUCCUCGCCAUCUUCGAUCCCAAGAGUUCUGUCCUCCGCGUAGCAUGCACCGGCGACUCCCGAGCCGUCCUCGGUCGCUACGAGUCUGCCGCUGGAAAGUACGUCGCCAAGCCACUCUCAGCCGACCAAACCGGCUUCAACGCCGCUGAAGUGGAGCGCAUCAGCGCAGCCCACCCUGGCGAAACCGGCAUUAUUGAUCCAGCGUCCGGGCGCUUGCUCGGCAUCGCAGUAACCCGCGCUUUUGGUGACAGCAGAUGGAAAUGGAGCGAGAAGUUUCUUAAGAAGACGCAAGAGGAUUUCUGGUCACCUGCGCCACGGAAAGGCGCUAUCACGCCGCCCUACAUGACAGCGGAGCCGGUUGUAACAGAGACGCAGGUGGUCAGGGGGGAGCGUGGCGACUUUGCGAUUCUGGCGUCUGAUGGGCUCUGGGACCAUAUCAGCAGCGAGGAUGCGGUUGAGUGCGUGGCGCAGUACGUUGAAGCUAGGAAGAGCGGGAAGUUCAAGUCUCCAGUAUCAUCAGAAGCGAAGGCAGACGACUCUUACCAUGUGGUGGGCGGCAAGCCGUUCACGCUGACGGAUGGUAAGUAUGUGGAGUGGAAAGCGACGCCGGAGCACUUUGUCGUCGAGGAUGGCAAUGCGGCUACGCAUCUAGUGAAGAAUGCGUUUGGAGGGUCACGGCGGAGCUUGUUUUGCAGCGUUAUGAGCGCUGGGCAGCCUCUUAGUCGGAAUAUUAGGGAUGAUAUUACUGUUCAGGUUAUUUUCUUUUAGGCUAUUCAGCAGUCACAGGGGGCUAGUCUUUAGACUCCAACAGCAU